AUGUCUACUGAGUUAUCACAGAUACUACGUAAGUUUGUCAAGUUUCUGGGACCUGGUAUAAUGGUAAGUGUGGCCUAUAUGGACCCAGGUAACUAUUCUACAAGUGUUUCUGGUGGUGCACAAUACAAAUACCAAUUACUUUUCUCGAUAUUCAUUUCAAACAUAUUUGCAGUCGUUUUACAAUGUCUCUGUAUUAAAUUAGGCACAGUGACAGGUCGUGAUCUAGCUGAAAAUUGUAGACGUCAUUUACCUAGAAAAUUGAAUCUAACCCUCUACAUUUUUGCAGAAUUGGCCAUUAUCGCCACUGAUUUGGCUGAAGUCGUCGGAACUGCUAUAGCUUUACAAAUUUUAUUUGGCAUUCCAUUGGUUUGGGGUGUUGUUUUGACCGUUAUGGACGUACUUAUCAUUUUAAUGUUUUAUAACACGGAUGGAAGAAAUAUGAAAACUGUUAGAGCGUUUGAAAUCUUUGUUAGUGUGCUGGUUUGUUGCACAUGUCUAUGCUUUGUCCUUGAAAUGUUUAAGAUUUCUGUUCCUAAUAAGUUGGAAUUAUUCAGAGGCUUCUUCCCUACAAAAGUUAUCUUCAAAGAAAAGCAAGCUCUUUAUAUCUCUUUAGGUAUCUUAGGUGCCACAGUUAUGCCUCAUUCAUUGUAUUUAGGAUCAUCUAUUGUUAAGCCAAGAUUGACUGAGUAUGAUCAGAAGAAAUACGGUAGAGUCGAAGCUCGUCCAAGUCUAAGUGCUAUUAAAUAUGCUUUACACUAUUCCUACGCGGAAUUAAUCAUCUCAUUAUUCUUAAUAGCAACUUUUGUCAAUUCUGCUAUUCUGAUUGUUGCAGGUUCUACUUUAUCAGGUCAACCAGAGGCUGCUGAUGCAGAUCUUUUGUCCAUAUACGAAUUACUUGUUCAUUUCAUUUCACCAGCUGCCGGUUUGAUUUUUGCUCUUGCAAUGCUUUGUUCAGGCCAAUCUGCCGGUAUUAUAUGUACAAUGGCCGGUCAAAUUGUGUCUGAAGGUUUCCUAGAAUGGUCUUUGCCGCCAUGGGCCACAAGAUUAUGUACAAGAUUAAUCGCUAUCGUCCCAUGUUUAAUUGUAACUUUUACCAUGGGUGAACGUGGUAUUUCUGACAUACUAAACCUUUCACAAGUUGUAUUGUCCUUAAUUUUACCUAUCGUUUCCGCCCCAUUAAUUUAUUUCACGGCAAACAGAAAAUUAAUGACAGUUACUGAUGAAUAUAGUGACUUCGAUGACGAAGCUGAUGAAAAUACUCCCCUCAAUAUGGAUCAUAAAAAGGUUACUGAUUUCACUAACAGUCCAUGGUUAACUUGGAUAGCAAUUGCUAUUUGGGCAACUAUUGGUAGUUUGAACUGUUAUCUAGUUGUUUCUUUUUUACUUGGCGCAGAUGUCCACUUUUAA